UUGUCUCAUUAGAAGAUGAAUUUACAAAGGUAAAUUUUUUUUGAUUCAUUUCAGUUGCUUACCAUCUUGUUGGAUUUUUUGGCAUUGUUUUUCAUAUUCCAUGUUUGAAAAUGUGUGUGUGUGUGUGUGUGUAUAUAUGUUUUUUUUUUUUUUUUCUUUUUGGUACCAGGGAUUGAACUCAGGAACUCACACUUGCCAAUCAGGCACUUGUGUCACUGAAUUAAACCCCUGGCUCCCAAAAUUUAUGUUUCUAAAAUUCAUGUGUACUACUUAAAUUCCAAUAGUGACAAUUUAACUAUUGUCUUUUAUUUCUCUUAUAAUAUCCUUGCUUGGCUAGGUGCAGUGUUGUGCACGUGUGAUACCAACAUUCCAGCUGCUAUAUGUAACAAAAUCAAAAUUUGAUGUUCAGCAUUGGUCACUUUGUGACUCUGUCAUUCAAAUUAAAAUGUCUGUGAUGUUAUAAAUAGUUCUUGUUUUCUUUGUGACUUUUGCUGUUACCCCUGUCUUGUUCAUCUUUUCCAGUAUAUUGAUUCCUGCUGUAUUAAUUAAUAGUUGUAUUUUACUCCUAAAGUGUAUGGCAAAUAUAUAUUUCAAAACCUGCAUAUUUAACUGAAAGGUAUUUAAUUUGAAUUUUAAUUUAUACAUUAUAAAUUAUUACCUAAUCCUAAAUAUUUCUAAGGACAUUUCAUUACAUACUUUGAAAAUAAGAGAUCACUUAAGAAAUUUUGUAUGAAAAAUAUGAGUUAGGUAUUCUGAGUUGGUGUUCCCCAAAACUGAAGAAUGAAUUCUAAGGGACAAUGAAGGUUAAGAGUAGGAAAUAUUGAUUGAGAGAGAUAGCUUCUCAGAAACAGGCUGGGUCCAACAUGAAUUGCUAUGGACCUGUCUUUACAGUGGAAGCUUUAUAGAGCAAAAUCAUGAGGAAGGUGCAAUGUGGAAUAAAUUAUUAUCAACCAAUAAGAUUACAACUAUGUCUGCUUAGGUAAUAUUGAUCUAAUGGGGAAGCAAGUCAUGUAGAAGGUGUAUAUAGAACAAGGAAGCAGUGAGUCAGGAGAUCCUGGUCACCCACCUGGGUGACUGACUGAAGUCUGUCUAUACUUUAUUGGAGCAGGUGAUACCAGUUAGAGCAUAUUGCUUAUCUCUUGGGAAGGAAUAUAGACCUGGUUAUUCUGUCUUUAUCUUGAGGCCAGGCUUUCAACAGAUAUGCCUCCAACCACAAUCAUAAUGUAUUAUUAGUUUCUGUACUUAUUCCCUCCAGGACCUAACCCUGUCUGACAGCCUAUAAUAUUUCAAUAUAAAUUAGCUGUCUACAAUAGUUCCCCCAUCUAAGAGGUAUCCCUAUCUGCCAUGAGGAGGGACAGGGCAAUGACUGUUCUGGCCAUUGUUAUCUAAAGGGAGUCAUGGUUGUGAUCAGCAGUCAGAAAUACUCUACAGUGGGUCUAACUAAAGGUCUUCCAUAGAUGCCAUGCAUUCUCAUCUUGGAUGGGCAUAUAGCUAUCAGUCUGUAGGAGACAAGACCAAAGAAACAAUUAUAUGUGGGCCAAAUAAUAAGAUCAACGACUAUUAUGACUAUAACCACAAGUGUUUCCACCAGGAACUCAGUAUUAGCCUCCCACAAACAGGGUAAGAAGAAGGUCCAGGGAACUUCAACAUUCCACAUUGCAUUAACCUAUCAUUUAAUAUGUUAAACAGUCAUUGAGAUAUUAGUGAAAGUAUCAGGAGUAUAUAUAUAACAUUCAACUUUUACAAUUAAUUGCAGAAGUACCCUCCUUGCACUGAUGUUAGAAUGACUAAUGCCAUCUGAUUCUGGAGGACAGUCUGCCUCAUUAACUUUACUUUCUCAUUUAGGAGAGAGAGGUCAGUCAAAGUGUCAUUGAAGGUCCAUUGAGUAUAAUUAGUCAAAGCCUUAAAGUGUUCCAUGAUAUCCUGUAAUCGUAGGGAACAAAUAAAGAUAGAAGCCAAAGUGAAAGACACUUCUGGACCAUUGAUGUCAUAGAUGGGGUAAAUUUGAAGGUUUGUUGACAUUCCUGCCUUGUAAACAUGCAAGUCCCAGGGUACAUCUCCCUAUCUAUCCAGGAGGUACCCAGGGCCACAUUUUGGUUCCUCAGGACCAGCAAGUGCCACUGAAGGGAGGUUAAAUUAGUCUGUUGCAAACCAGUGUUUGACCUGUAAAGUUAUAUGAAUACAGUAGUCGGGGGGUAUCCAUGUAGUAUGUAUGUAGUAGAGUUAGGCCAAUGAGAAUUGGAGUGAUUUCUUUGUUCUGAACAUAAGGGUGUCUUUCUACUAAGUUGUCCCUUAGUUGGAGUUAACCACAUAUAAUCAUCCCAUAUCUGAAAGUAGGCAUCUUUAUAUCUGAUUAUUGGCUCCCAUGAUAGGACCCUUAUACUUACUUAAUAUGGGUUCUGCUAGAGUCUGUAGAGAGGCUUCAGUGUGGUUCUUAGAAAAAAUUUGAUUACAUUGAGGAUCAUAGAAAAUAUAGUUUAUAGGACUUCCAGUUACCUUGUAACAAUGUGCAAAACUAAACCACUGAAUUUUUUCAUGCCUCAUUAAUGUAGUCUUGUAGCACAUUCUAGUAUUACAAAUUGAAACUAAAUCUAAACCAGUAUCUUUGCAUACUUAAAAGAGAAACACUUCCAAAAAAUAUGGUAUAUAACAUCCCAGUUCAAAUAUUUGCACAGUAUAUGCAUAGUAUGAGAGGCUUAAUCAUCUGUGUCUGACUGCAGUGGCACCAAAUGCAUGCACUUUCUUGUACUCAAGUGUUAGAAAAAUUCAAUUAGUUGCUAAAGUUUUGCUUAUGCUAAGAACUUUAUUAUUAAAUAAGUGAGGAAAGAGGCAGAGUAAUGGAGUAAUGCACACAAAAAAAUUGCUCCUUAACAUAGAAUUUUCAUGAAAUAGUUUCCUUUACUUAGGCUCAUAUGCUCCAAAUCCCUGUGCUUGCUGCUAGGUGCCACGGCCAGCGCGGGGAAGGAGUCAGGCGAGAGACUGAAGACGCAGGGAGACCAAUUGCUCAGGAGGCAAAAGGAGAUUUAUUAAAGGACUCCAGAGUUUUUAUAGUGUUUCAAAACAAAGAGCAGUACAAGUCACUUCAGGACACUUUCUUGUGCAUGCAGCAAAGGAGGCUGUAUCUUUUGCGGAUGUGGCUGUAAACUUCACCAUAGAGGAGUGGGCUUUGCUGGAUCCAUCCCAAAAGAAGCUCUACCGAGAUGUGAUGUGGGAAACCUUUAGGAAUGUGUCUGAUAUAGGAAGAAACUGGGGUGGUAAAAAAAUUGAAGAUGAGAACACAAAUUGCAGGAGAAAUCUAAGUACUGAAGAAGUAGAGAAGUGUGACUAUGAAUUGUGGUAUCAACAUAGAGAAAUGAUUUUCCAGACUAUGGACACUAAUAUAAACAUAAAAUCAGUUGAUACAACACCAGGGGAAAGCUUUGGUUCUAGAAAUACCCUGAUUGGUCUUUCAUCACUAAAUGAGCCUAUUAUACCUAACACUGAACUCAAACCAUAUGAAUAUCAGGCAUCUCAAGACAAGCUGUCUAGUUGUAGCAAAUUUGAGAAAACCUGCACUGAUUUGAAAUCCUCUCAGAAACAAGCAAAGACAGAGAAACCUUAUGAAUAUAAGCAGUGGGAAAAAUUAUAUUCUUACUACACUGAAGGAACUACAACUGAAGAGAAACCCUUUGUGUAUGAGGAAGAUGUGAAAGCCCUUACUACAUCUAACUAUCUUCAAAUCUGGGAAAGGAAUCACAGUGGAGUAAAUGUUUAUAUAUGUACACAGUGUGGAAAAAGUUUUAAUUCUCACCAUUUUAUUCAAAUACAUGAAAGAGUUCAUAUUGUCAAAAAACCUUAUAUAUCUAAACAUGAUGGAAAAUGCUUCACUAAUAGCACUUCAUUUGAUAAUCAUCAAAGAAUUCACAUUGGAGAGAAACCUUACUUGUGUAAACACUGCGGAAAAGCUUUCAGCACACACAGUGAUUGUCAGAGACAUGAACGAACUCACACUGGGGAGAAACCCUAUGAAUGUAAGCAAUGUGGGAAACCUUUCAGGACACACAGUGAUUGUCAAAGACAUGAACGAACUCACACUGGGGAGAAACCCUAUGAAUGUAAGCAAUGUGGUAAAGCCUUCAGGACACACAGUGAUUGUCAAAGACAUGAGCGAACUCACACUGGGGAGAAACCCUAUGAAUGUAAGCAAUGUGGGAAAGCCUUCAGCACACACAGUGAUUGUCAAAGGCAUGAAAGAACUCACACUGGGGAAAAACUCUAUGAAUGUAAGGAGUGUGGUAAAGCUUUCAGCACACACAGUAAUUGUCGAAUACAUGAAAGAAUUCAUACUGGGGAGAAACCCUAUGUCUGUAAGCAAUGUGGGAAAGCAUUUAGCAGGCACAGUAAUUGUCAAAUGCAUGAACGAACUCACACUGGGGAGAAACCCUAUGUAUGUAAGCAGUGUGGGAAAGGUUUCAGCAGACAUGGUACUUGUAGAAUACAUGAAAGAACUCACACUGGAGAAAAACCCUAUGUAUGUAAGCAAUGUGGGAAAGGUUUCAGCAGGCAUAGUCAUUGUCAAAUACAUGAAAGUACACAUAUUAGGGAAAAACCCAAUGAAUGUAAACAAUGUGGAAAAGCUUUCAGUACAUACAGUGAUUGUCAGAGACAUGAAAGAACUCACAGUGAAGAGAAACUUUAUGUAUGUAAGGAAUGUGGCAGAGGUUUCAGGACACAUAGUGAUUGUCAAAGACAUGAAAGAACUCACACUGGGGAGAAACCCUAUGUAUGUAAGCAGUGCGGGAAAGCUUUCAGCAGACAUGGUAACUGUCAAAUGCAUGAACGAACACACACUGGGGAGAAACCCUAUGUAUGUAAACAAUGUGGAAAAGCUUUCAGCAGACACGGUGCUUGUCAAAUACAUGAGAGAACUCACACUGGGGAAAAACCUUAUAUAUGUAAGCAGUGUGGGAAAGCAUUCAGCAGACAUAGUCAUUGUCAAAUACAUGAAAGAACCCACAUUGGGGAGAAACCUUAUGAAUGUAAGCAAUGUGGGAAAGCAUUUAGCACACAUAGUGAUUGUCAGAGACAUGAAAGAACUCACACUGGGGAGAAACUCAAUAUAUGUAAGCAAUGUGGGAAAGCUUUCAGCACACUGAGUAGUUGUCGAACACAUGAAAAAACUCAUACAGGAGAAAAACCUCAUAUAUGUAAUCAGUGUGGUAAAGCAUUCAGUACACGCAGUCAUUGUCGAAUACAUGAGAGAAUUCACACUGGAGAGAAACCUUUUGUAUGUAAGCAGUGUGGGAAAGCUUUUAGCACACACAGUAAUUGUCAAGUUCAUGAAAGAACUCACACUGGAGAGAAACCCUAUGUAUGUAAGCAAUGUGGAAAAGCUUUUAGCACACCAGGUUGUUGUCGAAAACAUGAAAGAACACACAGUAGGGUGAAACCCUAUGUAUGUAAGCAGUGUGGAAAGGCUUUCACAACACAGAGGUAUUGCCGAAUACAUGAAAGAAUUCACACUGGAGAGACAUCCUUUCGAUGUAAGCAAUGUGGGAAAGUUUUCACAACACAGAGGUAUUGUCAACAACAUGAAAGAACACAUUGGGGAGAAACCUUACCUAUCUAACAAAUGUGGGAAAGCUCUUAGCACACACAGUAUGUAUGAAAGACUUAGAAUUCACUGGAUGUAAGUCAUGUAUGUAAGCAAUGAAAAAAACUUUCAGCACACACUGGUAUUGUCCAAUACAUGAAUCAUAAAGGGUACAAAUUCCAUAUAUGUAGGUUACAUGGGAAAACAUUCACUUAUGCUCUUAGGUAAAAAGCAAGGAAAUUAACUGUGAAUAUAUAAAGUAACUUGCACUGACCUGAAAGGACACAAAGUAGAAUUCUUUCUUUGUAGACAGUCUGGACAAUUGAACCCUAACUCUAAUAAUCUCCUAGGCCAGGUUUCUUUUUCCUUCUGUCAAGAUAUUUGGUACAUGGUUGUUAGUUGUACUAUAAUCUGAUUCCUUGGUAAUAGAAAUAUUUCUUUGUAUGUCCUCUUGACUUUCUUUUUCAUAUGUUCACAAAUGUGAACACAAAACCACUGCUCAAAGAUAGUUGAGUUAAUAUUUUACACUCCUGAUAUCCAGCAAGUAGUCAGACCACUGCUUGCCAGGUGUCUGGAGGCCUUGUGUUUGGAACUGUCCUGCUUUGUUUACUGUGUCCAAUCUACAUUUUCUCUGAUUUUCUCCUUGUUAAAAUGUAAGCAAAUAUGUAUAAAUCUAUAGUUUCUUACCACAUGGUAAUUUAGUGUUUAAAUAUUUUUAAAUAAAUUUUAUUUUCAAAAAGAUUUCUGCUGAGGCAAUGUAAGUAUCACAGGAAUACUCAGAAACCCUUAUAACGGCCAUGGGCAGUGGCUAAGAGUACUCAGGUGAAAUCCUAUUUGACUUAUUGUUGUCUUCCCCUUGAAUUAUCACUGCCACUUGUUGUUUUUCGUGAGUUUAUCAUGUGUAAUUGUCACUACCAGUAUUUUUUCUGUUUUGAAUCCUUGGAAUGUUCAGGAAGUGGGUAUUAAAGAAAUGCAUUAUAUGUAAUUAAUGUUUGUCCCACUACAUUUCACAUGUGCUCAUGUCUGGGUUAGGGGCAAUGGACUUCCUCCUCCUUUAUGGUGGUUACAUGGUUGAAGUUUUUUUAAGUUUAUUUUUUAAGAUGUGAAAAGAAUCAUUUUUUUCCAGAAGGUGGCACAGUAUAUUUUCUGGGCAUUGUAAUAAAGUCAUUGGUCUAUAGAUAUUUGUAUACCUCUAAGUAUAGUAUGUGCCUCUGAUGUGUGUUGUUUAAUCAUUUAUGUUUUCAUAAAUCUACUUAUUAAACAUUUUCCUACAUGUCAUUUCCUUUGGCAAAUGGGGUUGAGGCUAUUUCCUCAACCAAUGUCAUGGAUCUUGUUUAUAUUUGGUGUUCUCUUGGGUUAUGUUUUGUUCAUUUUUCCUAUGUGUUAAUUUUUAUUCAAUAUCAUCAAAUUAUUUUUAUUGUAUGUAGUACAAAUAAAUUCAGUUUGUAUCUUGUCUCUUUUACCUUCUUUGAUUUACAUAGAUUUAAAUUUGUCCUAAUUCUGAUGGCUUCAUUAUUUUCAUCUGGGGAAGCAAUUUCCACCUUCAACAGAUACUCAUCUGAAUUCUCAAAGUAUUCUUUUAUCUUUCCCAUGUCAAGAUGUAACUAAAUUAUUGUAUGUGGACUAUGAAAAAUAAGUUACGAUAUAUGUACUUACAUAUGUAUAAAUUACAAUAUAUGUCCUGGCCUCCUGUAUUAGACAGUGACUUCUGGCAUUUUGUACAAUAAGAAUGCUAUCACAAAUCAUUAUUCUGUUUACAUGUGAGCCCUUAAAGACUUUCUUCCUCUUUAUUCUCUCUACUAAUAGAUGACUCCCUAAAGCAUUUUAAAUCUCCUGUAUAUAUAGCAAGGUCUUGUUUACCACUCAUUGAACAUUAUAAAACAUUUGUUUUAUUUAGCACUUAUAAUUAUUUUUGCCCAAUCUAUAAGAUGAGAUUUGGAUGUGACAAUUUUCCCAUUUCCAUUUAUUAUUAGUGCUUAUUUUAAAAAAUAUUGGGGUUCAAUACAUACAUAUUUUGAUCAUAUCCAGUGACCAUCUCUCUCCCUUAUGCCACCCUAGAAAUGUUUUAUAUCUUUGUGGCAGGUGGCCAUUUGUGUAUAAAAUAAUAUAUUUUCCUUGUCUAAGUUCAUUGUUUUUAGACCUCUAAUAAAAAUUAAUACUUUUAUUAACAAA